UUUCCUUUAUAGAUUUUACAUAUUAUUUUUGUCUUAUUCUCACUUGUUGUGUUUGAUCUGGUUUUUUUUGCUCUAUUGUCAGUGUGUAAUUACGACUUGCUUUUUUGCAGGAGUAUUAGCUAAGACGAUAUUGAUUACUUACAUGGAGAUUUAAUACAUCUAAUAGAGGUUUGAAAAUUGAAAUUGAAUAGCUUACAUUUGAAUAGAUUAUCUUGCAAAAAACCUCUAAGAUUUUGGCUGGAGUUUUUCAAGCUUAUGGAUAUGCUUUUUUUGCCUUCUGUUCUGAGCAGUAGGGUUUUGCAAUUUUAGGUUUUUACUAAAUUCAACAAAAUUUCAAACAAUUUCCCCGAAGUUCCUCAAAUCACUAAAAAUAUUAUAUUUUAUAAGUUUAGCACGUUUAAAUACUUCAAUUUGCAAGCUUAGCGAAAAAAAAAACAGUAAUCAAAACUGUAAUCACUUUUCGCAAAGUUACGGCUAAUUAGAUGGCUCAGACUGCUAGAUGUCUGCUAGUAUUUUGUCGAGUUAAUUGCACCUUUUUUUGAUCUAGUGGUCUACAUUUUUGCCGAAAAUUAAUUAGCCUCUACGUAUAAUUUAGUUUUUCUUUGUUAUUGUUUGACGUUAGUUACAAAACCAUCAAGUCGACUAAAAUUCUGCUAUGCUCUCAUUCACAUCAAUUUUGAAACUAGGUAUAUUCAUUCAAUUCUUUUAAACUGAAUUUGACUUUUGUUUCAGCCACAUUAGUAUUUACCCUAGAACCCCUUGAACUUUGAACCCAAGUUCGUUGGUCUGUUUCGUACUGACUUAGAAUGAUAAAAGUCAACCAAAACUGAAUGUUGAUAUCCUGUAUUGUUGCGUUUUACCUGGUGAUUUGACAAAUUCAUCGAAUAGCCAUUCAUUUUGGUAUCCAUUAGUCUUCCCUAAUAGCGCGUAUCUUUUGAAAAAUAUUCAUUGUAAUUUGUUUAUUAAAAAUGGAGGAGUCUUUCUCUAGUGAUGACUCAUCAGGGAGCAAAAUUUUUGUUGCCAGAGCUUAUGAGUAUCACGAAACAUUUAAAGGUCGGCUCUUUUCGACUAGGUUUCAAUUAGUUAUGAUGGGCUUUCUCGGAUUUUUCCUCGUUUAUUCUAUGCGAGUUAACAUAAGUGUAGCUUUAGUUGCCAUGACUUUUACAGAGAGUUACGACGAUAACGACACCAUAAAUGAAAAUUGCCCGGUCCGGGAAUCGAACUCAAGUUCUAACUACGCCGAAGAAGGAACUUUUGAUUGGUCGACAACUCAGCAAGCUAAUGUACUUGGAGCGUUUUAUUACGGCUAUAUGAUAACUCAAAUACCGGCCGGUUAUUUGGCUUCAAAAUAUGGAGGGAAACAUUUGUUUGGCUUUGGAGUGUUUAUGACUGGCGUUUUAACAUUGUUCACGCCUCCGGUUUCAUAUUUAGGAGUAAAUUGGUUAAUUGUUAUCCGUGUGUUCGAAGGCAUAGCCGAAUCUGCAACUUUUCCAGCUUUUAGCCAUUUAAUUAGCCGAUGGGCGCCAAAAAACGAACGUAGCAUGAUGGCCGCUUUAUCAGCGUCGGGUUCGAGUUUCGGCAAUAUGAUCACCCAACCUAUAAUCGGCUACUUGUGCACUCUUGACUUAUGGAGCGGAUGGCCGUUGGGUUUCUAUGGCAACGGCUUAUUGGCCAUUAUAUGGUAUAUUGUUUGGUGCUUUGUGGUGUUCGACUCACCAGACACACACCCUAGAAUCUCGGAAUGCGAAAAACAGUUUAUUAAAAAUAAUUCUCAAGUAGACGAGAGCAAAUCACAUGCGAUUCCGUGGAAAGGAAUGUUGACGAGUUUGCCAUUUUACGCGAUUUUAGUUGCCGGUUUUUGCUCAAUUUUUAUGAACUAUGGAAUGAUGUCUUGUCUUCCCCAGUAUUUGUCGAACGUUCUGAACUUUGACAUAGCUGCAAAUGGUUUUCUGAGUGCAAUACCUUGGCUUGGUUGUUUCAUAGGAGCUAUUCUUACGUCUCAAAUAACAGACUUCCUCCUAAACCGAAGAUAUGUCUCAACAACUUUCAUUCGCAAGUUUAAUCAAUUCGCUAGUGCUGUUUUAUCUGGUGUAUUUUUAGUGUUAGCCGGAUACGCUGGCUGUAAUUCAGCAUUGGCUGUUUUUUUUAUAUCAGUUGGGCUUUUGUUCUACGGGAUGAACUUUAGCGGGUUUUACUGCAACUCUAUUGACAUCGCCCCACAGUUUGCUGGUGUUCUUUUUGGGAUCACGAAUACAUUUUCAACCACUACCGGCUUUCUUGCGCCUAUUAUGGUCAACAAAAUUACCCAAGAUAACAUCCAUAGUUCAGAGUUAUGGCUCCACACUUUUUAUGCAUUCGCUGCUGUAUCUUGGUUUGGUGGAUUUACCUUUUUGUUGCUAGCUUCAGGAAAUAUUCAACCUUGGGCCAUUACUGACUCAUUUCAAGUAGAAACUUGAGCAAAUUCCAAUUAACAAUGUCUAUAUAAGUAGAA